AUGGGACCAUAUCCUCGUACCAGUCAUGGGAAAAGAUUCCUUCUAGUAGUCAUCGAUCUGUUCACGCGUUGGGUGGAAGCUUUCCUCCUCGGAAAUUCUGAAGCCCCGACCUUGAUCUGCACACUGGAAAAGGAAGUAUUCUCGAGAUGGGGAUACCCUCAACACUUACUAUCAGACAACGGACCUCAAUUCACUAGUCAAAUUUGGAAAGAAGCCGCACAAAAAUGGGAAAUACAAUUGUGGACAACCCCAAUUUAUCACCCUCAGGCCAAUCCAACCGAAAGACGCAACCAAGAAAUCAAAAAGGGGUUGCGUCUACGACUCGAGCAGAGUCGUCACCGUACCUGGGAUAGGUAUAUCCCAGAGAUACUAUUUAACCUUCGAAGACGUCAAAACGCCGCAACGGGACGUACUCCUGCUGAAGUACUCCUAGGGAAAAAUCUCCAACGACCCGGAGAUUGGCGGCUGAGAAACACGCAUGAUCACAAGGAAGAAGAUCGACAACCAUACCAGCAAGAGGCCCAAGUUCAGCAACAACGUUACCAAAAGCGUUAUAAAGGCGAAAUCAAACCACCCACUUAUCAACCAGGUGACUGGGUUUACCUACGGGAGCAUCCACUGUCGAAUGCAGCCGAGGGAUUCAACGCCGGAUUCGCACCGCGACAAAGUGGACCAUACCAAAUUCUGACGCACCUCAGUGGAGGUACCUUUACCAUUGCAAAAAGGGGUCAAGCCAUUAAGGUUCAUGAGAAGUUGCUGCGGCCUGAUCAUCAUGAACCCGUUGGAGUGGAUCACGAGGCCGAGAAACCAGUAGAAGAAUCAUCAAAGGUAGAAGAGAUCCUUAUGAACAGAACCCAUGACGCUAAUCACGGGCGUAGCGAAGGAUCAUCAGCAAGGGAAGAAGAUAACGCCAUUCACCGAUACUGUUGA